AUCACUCGCAAGUUUUAGAGAAUAAACAACAUUCUGGGGAUAUGAGCACAGCAAGAUUUAUCAAGUGUGUGACAGUAGGAGAUGGAGCUGUUGGCAAGACUUGCAUGCUCAUUUCCUACACCAGCAAUACUUUUCCUACAGAUUAUGUUCCGACUGUUUUCGACAACUUCAGCGCCAAUGUCGUCGUGGAUGGUAGCACUGUCAACCUUGCCCUAUGGGAUACUGCUGGGCAAGAAGAUUACAAUCGGCUAAGGCCUUUAAGUUACAGAGGAGCUGAUGUUUUUCUCUUAGCUUUUUCUCUUAUUAGUAAGCCUAGUUAUGAGAAUAUCCACAAAAAGUGGGUCCCCGAGCUAAAACAGUAUGCCCCAAACGUUCCAAUCGUGCUUGUUGGAACCAAACAAGAUUUAAGAGAGGAUAAACAUUUCUUGUCGGAGCAUCCUGGAGUAACACCAAUUACAACUGCACAGGGUGAGGAAUUGAAGAAAAUUAUAGGUGCAGUUACGUACGUUGAAUGCAGUUCCAAAACUCAGCAGGUACAUAAAUUUAGACCAGUUGUAUUAAUAUGA